AUGGAUUUGCCGAGUAAGCUUGACAACACAGAGUCUGUGACUAAAUUUUUGAGAAACAAAGACACUUCAGUGGAUGAAAUUUACAACUUUGUGAUUGAUAUACUGUAUAAUGACAAUGACCAAAACUGCUUGCCAUACAAAGAGAAAUUCAUCCUAGAACUAUUGAUUGAUAGAAUAUCACAAUCGAGUAAGCUGACCCAAAAGUUUAAGCAAUCAGAAAAAACGUGGAAACUUUUCAAUUUUAUUUGGAACAAAUGUAAAGCUGAUAGUAGGCUAAUUAGUGUGCGUUCAAAAGUGCUUUCUAGGCUGAAAUUCGGAGAAGUUUUCACUAAAAUAUUCGCAGAACUAAGUGCAGCCGGUUUAUACAAAAACACUGAGUUGGUUGACGAACUUUUGAAAACGGUUGAUUCUAUAAUAAAUAGCACAAGAAUCCAUCUAUCUGAUGAUCAAAACGUAAUGAUUAUCAACCAUCUGUUAGAGUUUGCAGUUAAAGAACCCCAGUACACGACAGAAACACACCAAAGGUUGCUUUCACUUGUGAUUGUCUUUUUCCAGCAAAACAACAAAGGAAAUCUAAAAUACGAUAAUAAGCACAGAGCCGAGUUUGCAAAGCUUUGUUUGCCCAAUCUUCUGAUGGCCAUGGAAAAACACGCUACUCCAAAAAUAAAGGAUAGUCUCUCCUCAAUAAUAGUUCAAUUAUUAUUCUCUGAAACAGACCCAGAUAAUGUAGUGUCACUUAUUGGUUGCUUCUCUAAAGCCGAAAACGCAUCCUCUUUGGGAGAGUCUGAAAUUCUCGAUUUAUUGCGGUUAAUAAUCCCAAAAAUUUCCAUUGGAAAACUUGAAGAAGUUGCUCAGAUUCUUGUUUCUGCUUUCCCACAAUAUUCUGCAGUGUUGAUAAAAGAAAUAGCUGAAAUGAACAAAUCCCUUUCUUCUACUUUCCUUUCAAAUUUAGUUGAAGAAGCACUUGGGAGAAAGGAUGGAGACUCUCAUAAACUAAUUAUUUACUCGAUUAGAAGAAACGCUGAUAUUUGUCUAAAGUACACUGAUAAGAUUUGCGAAUUAUGUCAAGAAAACAGUGAAUUCUCUAUGCCAUUACUGAAGGAAUUGUUUGAUUCUUACGCAAAAAAUAGAGACCUUGAUUUAUUUGUCAAAAUUUGGUCAGAUUUGAUCUCAAAAUAUCCAGGGUCCAUAUUUGAAUCUGACAGUUUCAUUGAUUAUGUAUCAUUGAAAUAUGUGACACUUUCGAAUACCCAGUUAUCAGCACUAGUUGAAACUGAGGUUAACGAAUAUAUUGGAUCACCUAACCAAAAUCCAAUAUUUCUGCUAUCCAUUUGCAAAGGUUUAUUAAAGGCGGUUUCAGGUUCAAUUCAAAAUGCAGUUAGUAAAACUCUUCUUCACAAUUUGUUGCACUUGAAAGCUCUAUUGGUUUCUUUGGUAGCUCUGAAAGGUCAGUAUUGCUGGAAAUUGAGAUUUUACAUUUUUAGUUUAUUUGACGUUGAAGAGUUAGCUGAUGAUGCAAAAUAUUUGGUUAAUCAAAAACACGAAAAUGAUAGUUAUUAUUUUUUUACUAUGUUAAGGAUAUUUGAGCAGAAUACAGAUUUAGCUAAUGAUAAAUUCACGAAGAAUUUAGAUUCAUUUUAUCGAAAGAAAUCUGAUAGCAGAUUUAAGUCUGUGCUUUUCUCUCGUUUUUUUAUGAUUCUGGAAGAGCUUUUAGAGGUAAAUAAAAUCAAAAAAUUUGUGGAAGUUUUCUUAAAAGAAAGCAACCAAGAAGUCGUCAGAAAAGUAUUCAGCAAUCCAUUAAUUCAAACACGGCCUAAAAUCAUGUCCUGUUUAAUUGAGGAGUGUAUCAAACACAAUAAAAUGACCAACUAUUUGCAAUUUAUCUCUGUUUAUGCUUUUACUAAAACGCAAAGGCAGCAGGUUUUGGAUCUGAUGGUAGAGAGGCUCGAUGACCAUUCUUCUAUGCUCAUUAUUGAAAACAUCCUUAAAAUGCCAACAUAUAAAUCGAAACUUGAAACUGAAUUUGAUUCACUAUUGAAACUAGCGAGAAAAGGGUGUCAAUUUAGUAGUAUUAUUGUAAAAAUCAUGAACAUACAUUUGCAACAGCCAACAGAGUCAGCAAAAUAUAUCCACCAAUUCACUAACUCUAUCGCCGAAGUUAUCAACAAAAUAUCUCCUAGAACAUUACUGGAUUCAACAGAUUACUUAGAGCUCUUUCUGUUAUUUGUGAAAGAUUGUACCUUCAAUGAUCCUAAGAUGAAUACUUUAAAAGAAAAACUGAUUGAGACCGCAGUGAAAGAGAUUACCCACUUACUGUCAGACACUGAUAAUUUAUCAGCGGAAAAUAUUGAGUGGAUACUGACUUUUUUGACUGAAAUCAAUUUCUGCAGCAAAGUGGAAGUCAAGAUAGACAGCUUGAAAGUCAUUGUUUCACAAUUAGGUGAGAAGUACACAUGCCAUAGGGAGAUGAAACUGACCAUAUUCAGAUAUAUCUGUUCACUUGAUGAUAUUUAUAAACCUUCAUAUGUUAUAGCUUUGUUCCUGGUUCUCAAUACAAGGGAAUUGGACGACACUAUAGAUCUAUAUCUAUCGAAGCUGGCCUCUCGAGAGGAGGAUUUUCUAGAAACGUGGAUCAAUAUCCAUAAAUCAUUUGAAGAAUCGAAUCCUGAAGAUAUUGAGAGCUAUAUUAGGUUAUUCACUUUGAUGAUCAAAAAUGUACAAAAGCCAACAGUUGCUGAAAAAGUGAAAACCAUUCACAGAGUUUUUGUAUCUUCUAUUUCACAAAUUUACCAUGAGGUUCUGAAAAAUGACUAUUUAACAAAGGAUAUCGUAGCAUUAUUGAAUUGUUUGAAAACCACUCUAUCAACGAAAACUUGGAUAUUUACACAAUAUGCAACUGAACUAAAUUUAGCAUUCAUUUCACAUAUUUCUAGCAUGUUGUUGAAUCGAGAAGAUGAGCACUUAGUCAAGAAUUGUUACGUGGAAUUGUGUCAAGUAACUUCGUCUGUAAUUCUGUAUCAGAGAAAGAGGAUAUCAAAUAGGCAUCACAUGAUUAAUUCUGUUCUAACCUCGUUGCUCAAGACAUUGCUUGCUCGUGCACACUACAUUCGAGGAGAAGGGUCGCUGGCAUUUGAAAGGCUUGUUAGUAAUCUUUGUGAACCGAAUGCGAAUAACUUAUACGUAAAACAAACGGACAAUUCAUCAAAAGAUAUUGAGAUCAACAAUGCUCUAUCACAAAUCAAGUCAGCUAUGCGAAAAUUUAUUCCCGUGGUAAUUUUCAAUUAUAUUACAUUCUACUUGAAAUACCAAGUCGAUCCAUCAAUUAAACAUGAAUUAGAAAAUGCUAUUUUUAUGAUGAUUGACUUAUUAACCUUGAAUGAGCUUAACUAUAUCAACAGAUCCUUGGAUCAUCAAAGCCGCCAAGUUUUCAGGAAUAUUUAUGAAGAAUACAAGAAGUUUUAUAAAUGGAAUGAAAAUUCCUGA